AUGGACAUGCAGGGCUUGGACUUUGGCGGGGGCCUGCCCGUCGUCACGGGCAGGGAAAACUCCCUGGCCGAGCUCGACGCCUUGGAUGUGGACAACCUGAUGAACUUCUUCGGGCCCAUGACCACCCCCAUCCCCUCCUUCGGCGACGGCGCCAUGUUCCUGCAGCAGCAAAUGCUGCAGCAGCAGCUCCCCCCCCGCACCCCCACGGGCUCCGCCCCCCUGUUCCCCGACCCCCCCCUGGCCGCCCCUGCGGCCAACCUCUUCUCCUCCAUCCCCAUGCCCGACUUCGGCAAGCCGGCCACCUCCUCCCGCCCCCCUGCCGACUCCGACCACUCCAGCGACGACGCUGAGGGGCGGUCGCGCGGGCCCGACGCGCACAAGACCACGGCCAUCCAGGAGAAGAACAGGCGCGCACAGAAGCGCUUCCGCGAGCGCCAGAAGGCCAAGAUGAAGGACAUGACGGAGGAGCUGGACGACAUGACCUCCGAGCUGGGGCGCCUUCGCGUGGAGAACGGCGCGCUGAAGAACCGGAAUUCCAUCCUGGAGAAGGUGCUGGCCCUGCGCGACGAGCACAUCCGGGUCCUGCAGGACGAGCAGCAUGUGUUUGACCUGGGCAACCACCAUCUGCAGACCAGCAACCCCAAGCUGCUUGGGCCGGGACCUGCCGCCCCUGCCAUGCUGGGGUAUGGGGCCGGCGGGGGCGGGAGUGGUCUGCAGGGCGGCGGCCUGCCCGGGUCUGGCCAGGGCGCGGGGUCGCAGCUGCCGGCGCGGGGGUCGGGCCCGCUGGCGCUGUCCGCCGCGCUGGCCUCGGAGGUGGCAUCGGUGAAGACCAUGCCCGCUGACGCCGUCAUCUCGCGCUGGAAGGAGACGGUGCGCGAGCUGGGCAACAUCCUGGUGACCCUGGAGGGCUGCCCCGACCCGUCGGCGCCGGCGCACGCGGAGGCCAGCGCCACGCUGACCCGCGUGCUGGACGCGGCGGGCGCGCUGUGCAUGCACACCGCGGUGCUGCACCCCACCAACAUGCAGCGCCUGAUCGCCACCGCGCUGGACGACGGGCGGUCGGGGAUCAGCUCGGAGGACCGCGCGCGCUGGGCAGGAGUCACUGCCUCGCUAGCCCUCGCCCCCGAUCAGCGCGCGCAGGUGGUCAGCCUGCGCGCCAUCUUCCUGCGUCGCAUGCGGCGCGUGGUGGAGGAGCGCCGCGCCAUCCUGGACCGGCUGCAGAGCGUGAGCGUGCCGGACCGCAUGCUGGCCCUGCAGUCGGUCAUCGCCGAGACGUUGAAGGUCAACGAGUGCACCGUGGAGCUGAAAGCCAACCUGCAGGAGGAGCACCUGGCGGGCAUGGAGUUCAUCGGCACCGUGUUCAAAACCAUCUUCACCCCCCUGCAAAAGGCGCGCGCCAUCGUGCAGAGCUACCCCUUCUACCCGGACGUCUACCAGAUCGCGACCGCGCUCGUGUCGGAGCAAGAAGCGGGGCUUGACGGUGUGGGCGCGGGGCCUGGCGCCGAGGCAGGAGCCCUGAUCAACAUCCCGGUCGCGUACAAGGCGUAUUGA